AUGGAUAUAAUAAAGUAUAAUAGGAAGGUCCAACAUACACAGGACAAUUCCCGUUUGACUGCUGAUGUUUACUUUCUAAUACAAAGGUUUCUAUCUAAUGGACCACUCAAACGGACCUUACAGACACUCAAUGAAGAACUCGAUGAACACCAGAUAUUACCAAAAAGAGUUGACUGGCAAGGCAACGAACAUGAACAAUCUAUUGAAGAUAUGCAAAGACAAUAUCCAUACAUCCACAAAGAUUUCUUGUACUAUCUGUGCAGCCAAGCAUCUACUCACCUAAACCCCAACCAUGCCCCGGUCUCAUUUCUCAGUUUCCGUCCCAAAGAAAAGGACAAAGAUGGUAUUCUCACUAACUACAAACAGUAUUUUAACUAUGUAACCCGGCUUCAUGGUGCUCCUAUAGCGGAUAUAAAAUCUUCUUGCAAUAUAGUUAAUAAUAUUAGAGGCAGGGAAGUUGGAGGUGUACUUUCAAGAACUAGAUCAAUAACUCCCAGAAUAUACGCUGGCAUGCAAAUGCAACGGCUUACCAUUGGUCAUUUAUCUGCAGUUUAUUGUUUGUUGUUUGACCAUUCUGGAAGAUAUGUUAUUACUGGAGCUGACGAUCUGUUAAUUAAACUCUGGUCAACUUACACGGGUCGACUAAUUGCCACUUUUAGGGGAGCCUCUUCGGAAAUUACCGACAUUGCUGUGGAUCCUGAAAAUUUUUUGUUGGCUGCUGGAUCGAUUGAUAGGAAUCUGAGGGUUUGGAAUUUACAAACCGGUGCUCCAGUAGCAGUUCUCACAGGCCACACAGGCAAUAUAACUUCGGUUAACUUCUGCCCUACUCCGUGUUGGGGCCAUAAGUACUUAAUCAGUACAAGUAGUGAUGGAUCUAUUGCAUUUUGGACCUACAAUUCUGACGGGCCUGAUAGUAAAGUGGAAUUCAGACAUACCCCAAAUUUAUAUCAAGAAAAACUCAGGCCGGGACAAGCACAAAUGAUUUGUUCGUCGUUCAGUCCUGGUGGUACGUUUUUAGCUACAGGUUCCGCUGAUCAUCACGUGAGAGUUUAUUAUAUGAAAGCUGACGAGGGUCCUCAGCGUAUUCUAGAAACAGAAGCUCACAUUGAUCGUGUUGAUUCAAUUCAAUGGGCCCAUUCGGGUCUCAAAUUUCUUUCUGGCAGUAAAGAUGGCAACGCAAUUAUUUGGUGGUUCGAACGGCAGCAGUGGAAAAAUGUACAUUUAGCUAUGACAACUAAACUACCAAAUGAGAAACAAAAUCCAGAACCUGAUACUAAAAAUAAAAUUAAAGUAACUAUGGUAGCUUGGAAUAGAUCAGAUUCUUUGGUAAUAACAGCUGUUAGUGAUCACACUUUGAAAGUUUGGUCAGCUAGUGGACAACUAAUAAGAUGUUUGAAAGGUCAUACGGAUGAGGCUUAUGUCCUGGAACCACAUCCCCACGAUGAAGAUGUAAUUUUAUCAGCAGGCCAUGAUGGUCAAAUAUUAAUUUGGGACAUACACAAGGGUGAAAUUUUGUUUCAAUACCUAAAUACUAUUGAAGGUCAAGGAUAUGGUUCAAUUUUUGAUGCAAAAUGGAGCCCGGAUGGCUGUAACAUAUCAGCUAGCGAUUCUCAUGGUGACAUUUUAACUUUCGGUUUUGGCACUGGCAGUCCGUUUUACAAGCAACUUCCCAAAGAGUUGUUUUUCCACACGGAUUACCGUCCGUUGGUUCGCGACCAACAGUUUUGGGUUAUGGACGAACAAACUCAAGUGCCGCCCCAUUUGAUGCCGCCGCCCUUUUUGGUUGAUAUCGAUGGCAAUCCUUAUCCUCCUAUGUUGCAAAGGCUAGUGCCUGGUAGAGAAAAUUGCAAUGUUGAUCAACUUGUUCCGAAUAUGGUCAUUGGAAAUGAAGGUAAUCAGGAAGUUAUACAAGAUGUUCCUCAUAGAAAUAUUGAUGAGUCAGAAGAUGAAGAUGGCAGAGGUAAUGCUGGAGGUUUUUCAAGAAGCCAGAGAAUUCGUCAAAGUACUGGUGACUGGCAAACUGACCAUAAUAUAGAAUGGACAAAAUCUCUAUUAAUGGAACCAAUUUCCUCGUCAGUUUUACGUCGAGCUAUGGAAACAAGAAAACUAACUGAACAUGCUGAAAUGACUGAAUAUCAGAAACAGCUGAGACGAAGACCUCUGAUGAUAUCAACCACUGCUGGGCCUAGCCAUUCAAAGGUUAAAAAGAAACGAGGUGCUAGAAGACCCAAUAGACCAAACAAAGUUUCAGUUACAGGGAUAGAUUUAGACAAAUACGAAAUAGUUCACCUACCCACCUUUCCCUCCGACACCGACGAAUCAUCGUUUUCAGACUGGGCCGAAGAAAUGUCGGAAGCCAAAAAUAGAAGAUCAAACAGAAGAAAGCCCAAAUCAUCUUCAGAAAAUGAUGAAGAUGAUGAUACAGAUUUGACAGAAGAUACAGUCCAAACUGAUUCUGAUGAUUCGCACCAUGAAAGAAGCGAAAGAAGAUCCAGAAAUCAUAGAACUUCUAAGCGAAAAACUAGAAAAUCUUUCCCAAAAGCUUCAGUUCCCAAAAACCCACUUAUUUCCAAAAAAGACCCGAGCCCAAAAACAGCUCAAACUGCCAAACACACUGCUGCAGAACCUUCUACAAGUGGAGAGGCCAGCACUUCUAAAGGACCAAAGAUAAAAGUAUCUGAACAAUAUAAACUAAGCGAAUGGCUAUCAGAAACUAGACCAAGAAAAUCACCAUAUUAUCCACAAAUACAUGACGAAAUUGUUUAUUUUAUUCAAGGUCACUUACUAUACGUAGAAGCAGUCAAACUAAAAAACGUCUACGAACCCAACAUAAAAGAACUCCCUUGGGUCAAAGGAAUGCAACUAAAAGACCACGAAUUUUGUAAAGUCGUUGGAAUACGUUACGAAAUCCAACCGCCAAGAUUGUGUUGCCUGAAACUGUCUCUGCAAGACGAAUCCGGCCGAGCCACAGGCAAAACAUUCACUAUACGUUUCCACGAUAUGCCAGACGUUUUGGAUUUUUUCGUUUUAAAGCAAAGCUACUUGACAGCGAUGUCGCGUGAUUGGCAAAACGGCGAAAGGUUUCGUUGUAUGAUUGACGAUAAUUGGUGGAUUGGAGAAAUAGCGGGCAAAUCACCAGCUAGCGAUGUUUAUCCAGAUUCAGCGUUUAUGUGUUACGAAAUUUGUUGGACCAAUGGAGAGCAAGAGAGGAUGAGUCCUUGGGAUAUGGAACCAGUUGAUGAAAGCCGACUUCCGGAAGACGAAAAAGAAGCAGUGCCAGUUUUGGAACACGAAUUGCGUUCGAUUUUAUAUAAAGCUGUGCCAGAAGAUUGGCCUAAUUGCGAACUUGAAACUGCUUGUCAGUCUAUUGCAAGAGGGAUUACUCAGGUGAUGGAAUUGGCUAUUGCAGAACCAUUCUUGGUUCCUGUAGAUAUAAAUGCAUAUCCCACUUAUGCUCUUAUUGUAGAGUACCCGAUUGAUUUAUCCACAAUUAAAGCCCGGUUUGAGAACAAUUUUUAUAGGCGGAUGUCGGCUGCCCAGUUUGACAUCAGCUAUUUGGAAACCAACGCUGCCAAGUUCAACCAACAACGCAGCGUUAUUGUGAAACACGCGAAGAUUUUGGCAGAGUUGUGUUUGAAAAUUGUCAAAAGCGGCAAUGAUUCUAUUGAUAUUGCUGCAGUGUAUCACCAGUUGGUUGCUGGAUAUGAUUCGUCCGACACUGAAGAAGAAGUAGAAGUAGAGGAAGACAUUUCCAAGCCAUCAACUAGUCGUGCACCGCGCUAUUUGCCAGUUAGGUCCUGGAAAUCUCCAGACGAUUGGAAAAUCGAAGCUAGCGGUCUUGUGGAGCUUAUGAUGCAAUCUGAAGAUUCUGUACCUUUUCGGUUUCCGGUUAACAAGCAUAAGUAUCCUACAUACCUAGAAAUUAUUGAGACUCCUAUGGAUUUGGGAACAGUAAAGGACAAUCUUCAGAAAGGUGCCUAUCGUCAACCGAAAGAGUUUUGCAUGGAUAUUAGGUUGAUUUUUCAAAAUUCCAGGACUUUUAACACAAACAAACGAUCUAGGAUUCAUGAGAUGACAGUUCGUUUAUCAGCUUUGUUUGAGGAGCAUAUGAAAAAAAUCAUGACAAAUUGGCGUAUAACAAAGAAACGUCAACGUCGUCAGCUGGCAACAUCUUCUUCAGAUGACAGUAGCUGUAGUAGUAGUAGUAGUGACGCUAAAGAAGUACCACCUAAAACUCCUCCAAAACAAGAAGCUCCUAAAGUAAUUGUAGAAAGAAUCGAAAACGGCAUGUACAACGUCUCUGUAGAUAAACUGAACAGUGACAGUGAUAGUGAUAAUACACCUUUGGACGUAAUAAAAGCCAUGAACACAUCAAACGAAAAUAGUAAAACUUUAGAUAAAGUAAUUGAAUCAUUACAACAAAGAUUGGAUGGAGAAGAAUUUGACCCAGAACCUUCAACGUCAAGUCAGAGUCAAAUUGAAAUCGAAGAUUUGGAUCACGAUUAUACUAACAAAAAUUUGUCCACUGAUACUGAUCAGCCAUCAUCGAGUUCAAGAAGCAAAAGAUUAUUAAAAAAUAACAAUUACAAAGAAAAAUCCUCAGACGAUGAGAUAUAUUAUAGACUUCCUGCGCCUCGAAAAUUUGAACCUCAAGAUGAAUCUUCAUCAGAUGUUAAUAAUUGUGAAGUUGAAGUUGGUACAAAUCAAAGUAGUGAUGAUUCUGAUGAAGAUGAUCCUUUGAGCUCAAUACAAGCUCGUCAACUACAACGUAAAAAACAAACAUCUUCAGAUGACGAAAACGAUGAAGAUUUUUGUCCAGAAGACAGUUCGGGCAGUUCCAAAACCAAAACAAGACGCAAAAAAAAACCUAGCAGCUCAGAAGAAGAAUUUGAAGUGCCUAGUCGCAAAAGCAGACGCGGUGGUGUAAGAAAAAAACGAAAAUCUUCAUUUGUUGUUGAGGAAGACGAAGAUGAAGAUCCUUCGAGUUCAGCUGAAAGCUCAGACGAUGAUGUUCCUUUGAGAAAUGUACGGUUGAGGCGUAGCCCUAAGAAAAACAAACUCUAUCAAUCAACCGAAUCGGAUAGUGACGAGAGCAGAUUGACUAGAAAACGACGGAAAUUGAUUAGCGAUAGUCAAUUGGACUCUGAUAGUGAUAGUAGGAACGGUAGGCCAGGGUAUUUCGGUAAUGUCAGUAGUCGAGGUCGAUUGAGGAAAAUAACAGAGAGGGCGGCUGCUUUUUUGAAAAAAGACAAAAAAGUAGGAUGA